AUUAAUUUAAAAUGUUUCUAAAAACUAAAAUUUUAAAAGCUAUUCCAUUUAAAAAUCCGGUGAGGUUGCCUCUCACCUACUGGAUAUUGGUAUUUAUUCGUUUCGCCCUUACGGUCGCUCCUCAAUUAGGAUAUUUACAUCCCGACGAGUUCUUCCAGAAUGUGGAGGUCAUGGCAGGAGAUAUAUUCAACAUCGACGUCGCAAAAACUUGGGAGUUCAACCCAAAAUUUCCGAUCAGAAACAUUUUUGUACCAAAAAUGAUCCUGGGCCCACCAUUGCAUUUCAUUCGCAUACUCAAUCCUUACACUAAACAUUAUAUAGGUAUAAACUUACGAACACCUUACUAUUUGCUUGUUAUCCCCCGUCUGUUUGUUUGUUUACUGUCAUUUAUUAAUGAUUACAGUUUAUAUAGAAUAUGUGUCUUAUACGGUCAAAAUUUUAGAAAUAGACUGGUUAUAUUUGCUAGUUCAUAUAUUGUACUUGUUUAUUGUUGUAGAAGCUUUUCAAAUACUUUUGAAAUGGCAUUUUUCUCUGUUCUACUCCUUUUGGUUGCUGAAUGUAUGUUGAAAUCCGAUAAAGUAAUAUAUCAUGAUGAGUUUUUAAGAGAAAAAUAUGAUAAGGCAUCAACUCCAGUUGAGAAAGUUAAACUAUUUAAGCUGAAAAUGCAUUUACCUGAGCAUUCCUUGAAUCAUGUGUUUAUUUUAGCCACUCUGGUGGUUAUAGGGAUAUUUAACCGUCCAACAUUCGUGGGGUUUGCAUUUCCGCCUAUAUUCUUCUGGCUGCAUCGUGGCUUGGGGUCUAAAGUUGUUGGGUUCAAAGACUUUCAUGUUCGUAUAUUCACGUUUAUCCUUUGUGGAGUACCAACGGCUCUGCUUCUCAUACUAGUGGACUCUGGUUACUAUGGUUACUUGACGAUGGCUGAUGUGGAGUCUAUGAAGUGGACGUGGGAUAACUGGGUGGUGACACCGCUGAACUUCCUGCGGUACAACUUGGAUAUGAAGAACCUGACGCAGCACGGGCUGCAUCCCCGCUGGCUGCACCUGGCGGUCAACGUGCCACUGCUGUUUAGUGUGCUGGCGGGGAUGGCUUUCAUCACACUGUCAACUAACACAUACAGGUUCAUCCGAGGCCACUACAGGAAACUGCCCAGGAUCCAAAGCAUCACCGGCUUGAUGCUGUUUUCCCUGGUGAUCCCCGUGGCGCUGCUUUCCCUCUUCCCUCACCAGGAGGCACGCUUCAUCAUACCCGGACUAGUACCUCUUGUCUACCUCUACGGGAACAGGCUACACCCAAACGAAUCCGACCUGCCCAAUCACAGGAAACUUAAAAAAAUACUCCUUUAUACUUGGUUCAUACUAAAUGCCAGCCUCACUCUUUUUUAUGGCUUUAUACACCAAGGCGGCAUCUAUUCCUUCGCUAAUACGCUACACAGAGAAAUCAAAGGCGCGUACGGUAUACACACAUACGUAAUAAGCACGCAUAGUUACAGCAUACCCUCGUACUUGCUACAAUUAGAGAGCACGACUAAAGUAUACAAAGACAGGCAUACUGGCCACAAAUAUAGGCUCACUCCAACGACCUUUCUAUACAAAUAUGGCUCUAUGCCUAUGGACGAACUGUUUACGAAAGUAGACGACGUUCUUACAAACGCCGAGAUGCUUUUACAUGAAUAUAAGAAGCAAUACAGAUUCUACGUGGCCACACCCUGCUCUUUAGAGCUAGAAGUAGAAGAAGCAGCCAAGAAAUAUUAUUACUUUAAGUUGGUGGACGACUUUAGGUAUUAUCCCCAUUUUUGUACAGAAGCGGUACCUAACUUCCCAAGCGGCCACGACCAAUCCUGCGUCGAAAGAAAUCUCUUAAAGAAUGAAUCUCGAGCUGUAGAUCUGAACAUGUUCCAGAGAAUCUCUUGUUAUUUUAAAAAGUUUUGCCUUAAGAUUUAUAGAGUUAAAACAGUUAGUAAAUAUGAUAUUGAUAAGAUUGACAAUUAAGUAAUGUUAUUAUAUAUUCUCUUUUCUUUGUCAAUAAUUUGAGAUUAGGUUUUUGCCUAUAUUAGUUAGGUUAUAUAAAAUACAUGACAUCAACAAAAGAUACUGUAAAAUUCUACUUGUUUAGACUACUUUUAUAUGUUUAAAUGGCGUUAUUAUACUUAUUAUUGAUUUAAGAUAUUUUAAUGUGAUACAAUUCAUCACACAUUCACAGUGUCGACUACACUUUUAGCUAAGAAUGUUUAAACCUCAAAUGAUUUUUACGCCUAAAACUAAACGACUAGUCUUUUAAACAAAUUCCAUUGGUUCUUUGGUAUGACCGGUCGGCUCCCGUUGGUAAAGCAACAAUGUCGUUAAAAAAACAACUGUACCGUGAUAGUAUUAAGGUUCAAAUCUAUGUAACAGCUCGUACGAGUUAACAUGUUUUGGUAAAGUAGGGCGGGACGAUCGACCACCUCAAUGUAGGCGAGCCCUCACAUUAAUACAUAGAUUUGAACCUUAAUACUAUCACGAUACAGUUGCUUUUUUAAGGACAUUGUUGCUUUUUGCCACGUGGCUAAUACGGGAGCUAUUAAACAAUUGCUUUUGUUAAAAGCUAAGGGUCUUAGGCGUAAAAAUCAUUUGAAUAAAUGAUAUACGCUUAGGUACUUUAUUCGUACUUAUGAAGAUUCAUUGUGGGUACUUGUGUAGACAACAUGGGGACAAAUGCACAAUGGUCAACACAAUGUCUCAGGAACGAUUUUACAAAAAUGCUUUAAUUCUUGGUUGUUAUAGGUACUUAUAAUGGAUACAUCACAUGAUUCUUUGUCAAUUUCUUAGAAGUAGUUUAUGUUUGUUUGUAGUGACAAUUAUUUAACCAAAGCUUUAAUUAUUUCAUUCCAAAUGCUCAAUAUAUUAAUCUCAUAUUUUUAGAAAUUAGUACAUACAUAUUUUAACCAUAAAAACAAUGUAAUGAAGUUCUAAACUUGCACCAUCCCACUAACUCGGGGCUAAGCAUUUAAACCGUUACGCAGUGUCAAACUGAACUUGUAACCAUGGUAACUCCAGGUUUAACCACUUAACCCGGGAUAGUGGAAUGGUACAAGUAGCACUAGAGGACUUAUUUUCGUAUAGGUACCUACUUAUAUGAUACAAAUGAAUUUGGUUUUUGUUUUUGACUGUAUUUUAUUCUUAAAAUUUUGCCUCUCAAAUCUGAAUAAAAAUGUAUAUUAUAUUUCACCGUGUGAGAGCAAUGGACUGCUUUGCUAUGAAAUAAACGCUGUUUG